AUGGCUAGCAUCAUUACUCAUGUGGGUAAUAGCCAGCGGCAAAACACACCCUUGCCUCCUUGGGCCAAUUCCAUGUUGAGGUCCUUGGGGAGGAGUCUUGGUCCUUUAAGGUUCAACAUGACAGAAAGAAACAUGAAUUUGUUUUCCGGCAGAGCGGUACCAGCCCAAGGGGAAAAAACCUUUGAAAACUGGCUAAUCCAAGUAAAUGGGGUCCUGCCAGAUUGGAAUAUGUCUGAGAAGGAGAAGCUCAAGCGCCUGAUGAAAACCCUUAGGGGCCCUGCCUGGGAGGUCAUGCAUUUGCUCCAGGCAGCCAACCCCAACCUAAGUUUGGCAGAUUUCUUACAGGCAAUGAAAUUGGUGUUUGGGGAGUCUGAAAGCAGUAUCACUGCCCAUGGUAAAUUUUUUAACACCCUGCAGGCACAAGGGGAGAAAGCCUCCCUUUAUGUGCUCCGUUUAGAAGUACAGCUCCAAAACGCUAUUCAGGAAGGGAUCAUAGCUGAGAAAGAUACAAACCAGACUCGCCUGCACCAGCUCCUUUUAGGGGCUGAGCUGAAUGGGGACCUGCACUAUAGGCUGAAGCAUCCUCUCAGGAUGUAUACAAAUGAGCAGGAGCGUCUUCCCAAUUUCCUGGAGUUAAUCAAGAUGAUAAGGGAGGAGGAGGAUUGGGAUGACACUUUCAUUAAUCGGAAGUGGGCCAGGAGAUCUGAGUCAAUGGUGGAGAGGCCAACCAGCCCAGUGGCAUUUCAGGUCCUACAGGUAGUGAUCGGCAGUGCUGACUGCAACGUGAUAGAGCUAGAUGAUAUCCUCAAUGACUCAGAUGAGGAUGUGAUCCUGGUAGACCCUCCACUUCCAUCCAUGGGUGCCCCUCCCCUCAGAGACAGGGUCCCACCUCAGGAUCAGACAUUGGUCAUUGAUUCCCCCAACAGUUCCCAGGUCCAGUCUCCUUCCAUCAGUGGUGGUUCCAGGUAUAAGAAUGAUGGUUCUGGGGAUAUGCGUAGAGCCAGGAAGCGAAAAUACACAACCCACUGUUCAUAUUGUGGAAAGGAGGGCCACUCCAAGGAAACCUGUGACAAUGAGAGCAACAAGGCCCAGGUAUUUGAGAACCUGAUCAUCACCUUGCAUGAGCUGAUACCUACAGAGGAGGAGGGGUCAAAAGAGGUACCCAGUGAAAACAAUGACCUCUGA